GGCCGCUCACAGCUCGGCUCAGGCAGCAGCAACAGCAGCAGCAGCAGUAGCGCCAUGUCCGGCAGAGGCAAGGGCGGGAAGGGGCUCGGCAAGGGGGGCGCCAAGCGGCACCGCAAGGUGCUGCGCGACAACAUCCAGGGCAUCACCAAGCCGGCCAUCCGGCGCCUGGCGCGGCGCGGCGGCGUCAAGCGCAUCUCGGGGCUCAUCUACGAGGAGACGCGCGGCGUGCUCAAGGUCUUCCUGGAGAACGUGAUCCGCGACGCCGUCACCUACACCGAGCACGCCAAGCGCAAGACGGUCACGGCCAUGGACGUGGUCUACGCCCUCAAGCGCCAGGGACGCACCCUCUACGGCUUCGGCGGCUAAAGCGCGCAGGCAGCUCUCGGACCCUCUCGACACACCCCAAAGGCUCUUUUAAGAGCCGCCCACCUUGUCUUCAGAAAGAGCUGUGACAUUGCGUGUGUUGUUUGAAAGGGCCGUCUGCUGAAGUUUCUGUCUCUUAGUAGAGUCUUUGUAUUGUUAGUUACUGUUUCCUAAGAGCUUAUGGUAAUGGUGGUUUCAUGUUUUCCCUUCCCAAUAUUAAUUACAAAGUUGCUUGUGUUGUGUAAAAGAUUCUUUCUUCGGAUUUUUAAUUCCCCUGUGAAUGCUGAGCACGCCGCUAAAACUUAGUGUGCUUUGUGACCAAAACAAUGAUUUCCUAAUCACAAAUUUUUCCUUUUCACAGAACUAUGCGUAAUCUGGAAUACUAUUCAAUAUAUUAAUACUUACAACCUUUUCUUAUAGCUGAAUACAGGUUAUCUACAUUUAGAGAAAAAGGGGAAACUCAUGAAAAAAAUGAAAAUUCGUCCCAUAUGAAUGUUACCUUUCUGAUAAUAUUUCUAAAUAAAUUUUCUUAACUG